UGCACUAAAGUACUGCUGCUAGUGUGGCUAAAAGAAAAGAGAAGAAGAGACAGUCAUGUUGAUAUGAACAUUAGAGAAACACAUCAUGGAGCUGAAAUAUGAUCCUGCUUCCUCAUUUGGACUCAUUCACCUCAGCUGACACAUUCAACAGCAGACAGGUUUUUGUAGCAGUCUGUCUCACUGUGGGAGGAGGUAGCUACCCCAUCUUUGGCUCUGGAACUAAACUGUCUGUAACAGAUGAGCAGGUAGUGAAGCCCGUGGUGAGCGUGUACCCAGCAGCAUCCAGAGCCCACCUGGAGGGGAACAGCUCCCUGCUGUGUGUGGCCUCAGCCAUGUUUCCUCCUCUGGUCCAGUUCUCCUGGAAAAGACAGAAGAAGAACGGCGGAGAACUGGAGGAGCUGCCCCCUGCUGAGGGAGAGCAGCUGGAGCUCAGAGAGUCGGGACGCACCAUUGCCAUCAGGAUGGUUGAUGGGAGUGAUUCUGACACAUAUAAAUACAGCUGCUGGGUGAAGCACGAGGGGGGCACAGUGGAGGCCCAAACACAACAAAAGGUUCCAGCUCUUCCACCAGCCCUGUAUGUUCCUUCUAUACACAAGAUGAAGCUGCUCUGCCUGCUGUACACAGUGCUGAUAGUGAAGAGUCUGGUGUACUGCUGUGGACUCUCUCUGCUGAUGAUCCUCACAAACAAGGGACCGUCCACCAACUGCACACAUGCUGACUGACUGUUUUCUGCUCGCCUUUUCUCACCAUCAGAUUUCCUCGAGUCAGCAGUCAGAAAU